CUUUGGUGUACCUUUAGUGAACAUUAAUAAGCGAACAUUAAACCAAAAUAAAUCUUUUUUAAUGCUAUUGCUCCGCUCAAAUAAACCCGACAACAUGUACCUGCAAGUACUUAGUUGUCUUCUUCUGCUCGUCACUUAUGCCGUGGCGCGGCCUGUGACGGAAGCACAAGAAGAAGCUGGCAGGGUACAUCAGGAUAUAGUGCUCCACAAUUGGUUGACUGACGAACAGAAAGAGGCCAUUCACAAACUAGACACGUCUGGAGCAGACCCAAAAGAAAUUAUUGAGAAAAUACUUGAAUAUUUUCACAAACUUCCAAGCGAUAAGAAGAAAACCUGGGAAGAAAAAUACAAGAAUGAAUGCGUUGCCUGGAUCCGUGACGUAGCUACGGAAGAAGAAAUCGCUGAACUAAAGAAGCUGCAUUCUGACAAUAAAAUCAAUGAACUUCUUGAGAAAAUUAAUUUAUAUAAAACACGAUUAAACACCAAUACAAGAGGCCGAGUAGAAUUAUGGGCGGACGCAUGCCUUUCUGCCUGGGACAUCAAGCAUGAAGUUGCCACUGUAAGAAGCAAACGAGACUCUGCCGAUAUCGACAUGCAGAUAGAAAGACAUCUUCCCUGGCUCAGCAAAGAAAGAAGAAGCGAAAUUAAGGGGAUGUUAGAAUCGGGAGCAGCGCCCCAGUUUCUUAGUGAACGGCUCAGAGUUUACCUUUCUGAAAUCGACGAACUAGACCGUCGGGAAGCUGUGAAAAACACCAAAAAAUCCUGCUUCUCAUGGAUCGAAAAAAUCGCAACAAAGGAAGAAAAAGCAGACCUUUUCUCACAUCAUCACAAAAACCACACCAAAUGUAUGGAAAAGGUAACUGUUAAAGAAACUAUGACACAAACUGCUGCAAAUUUCUCCCACCUACUUCAUCAAUUUAUCGCGAGACUAGAGCCAAAAGAACAAGAACAGGCGAAAAAAACACUACAGAUGUGCGAGACCUUCCUCUUCAUGAAAGACCGACGCUCUCAUCACAAGAAUCAUCACCGUCAUAACACCCACCAACCUAACGAAAUUCUACACUACCGACAUCACGAGCCAAUUGACAUUCUUGCACACCACUUUCAGAAAAACCUAAAAUGGCUAACAGAAGCUCAGAAAGAAGAGCUCAGAGAGAUGAAGGUACAAGGAAAGUCCAAAGAAGAGAUAAAGCAUAAAAUUAAACAGUUUUACGACGCUCUCCCUGACGACAAAAAACCAGAGGCCAGAGAAAUGAUGAAACACGGUUGCAAAGAAAUAAUUCGCCACAUUGUUGGCGACGAAAACGCCGAUAAGCUAAAGCACAUGAAAGAAACAGGCAAAACAAACGCAGAAAUUGAAGCAGAAAUUGAAAAAAUGAUGCAAACUGUGACGAACCAAGCUACCAAAGAACAGUACAAACUUUACGCUCCAGUAUGCAAAAAGCUUUUCGAAACAGAAAUAACCUAC